CCAUAGCAGAAACUCUAAUCCAAAAAUACAUCCAAACACAGAAGUCAAAACAAAGCUUUUUGUUUCUAUCUCCUUUAUUUUUAGAUUUUUUUUUGUUUAGUUUUUGUUAAAUGAUCCAAAAAUCGAACGGGUCGAGUCGCCGGAUUCCUAACCCGGCGAUACAUCCUUGCGACUGCAUUUCUCCUAUAACUCUUCUAACCUCGCUAAUCGAUCUUGGUCGAGACAUUUGCAGUUACAAAUCAAAGUUUUUCUCCGUCAACAAGAGAAACGCGCGCCAAACGUUUCGUAAAAUCACGAACCUUCUUCUUUUCCUCCAGGAGUUCCGUAAUGCCAUGUCGGAUCCACCUGACUCGGUAGUCCUCUGCUUGUCGGAGCUCCAUCUGACUUUCCAAAAGUUCCGAUACCUUCUGGAAGCCUGCAUUCGCGACGGCGCUCGUGCAUGGAUGCUGGUGAAUUCAGACCGAGUUGCGAACCAGUUCCGGAUCCUGAUCCAGGGCAUAGCAACUGGUCUAGAUGUUUUCCCGCUUUCAACCGUUGACUUGUCAAAUGAAGCCAAGGAGUUGGUUGAAUUAAUCAUACGGCAAGCUAGAAAAGCAACUUUCGAAUCCGACACGGAAGAUAAAAAAGCCGUGAAAGAUCUCAUGCGGAUCCUGAACCAUUUCGAGAAAGAAACCGUUCCCAACCCGGUUGAAAUCAAACGGAUCUUGGAUCAUCUUGGGAUUCACACAUGGAGCGAUUGUGAUAAGGAAGUGAAAUUCUUGGAUUCAGAAGUCGAAAUCGAAUUUUCCAAUGGAGAAAAAAAAAGAGAAUUAGAGCUUUUGAAUAGCUUAAUGGGAUUCAUGAGCUAUUGCAGAUGCGUAAUCUUUGACACCGUUUACUUUGAAAGUCAUCGUCUCAAUGGCCAAUUUAACAGCAGCAAAGCUCUUAAAGGAAUCAACAGUGACGAUCUCAAGUGUCCGAUCUCGUUAGAAAUGAUGUCUGAUCCAGUGACUUUAUCAACGGGGCAUACCUAUGAUCGUCGUUCGAUUUUAAAAUGGUUCAAUUCAGGGAAUACCACCUGUCCCAAGACGGGCGAGAAGCUUACCAGUACGGCACUGGUUCCGAAUCUUGUCUUAAAAGGGAUGAUCCAACAAUAUUGUGCUGAAAACGGCGUCGCAGUUGUCGUGUCCAGCCGAAAGAAUCGGGAUAUUUCGAGGACAGUCAUGGCGGGGAGUUUGGCGGGAGAAGGAGCUGUGAAGAUGUUAGCUGGGUUUCUGGUUAACAAACUUGUUAACGGAAGUGUUGAAGAGAUGAACAAGGUGGCUUUUGAGAUUCGGGUUCUGACAAAAACAAGCAUUUUUAACAGGUCUUGUUUGGUGGAAGCCGGCGUGGUCCCGCACUUGUUGAAGCUGUUGUCGUGUAAAGAUUCUAACACCCAAGAAAACUCCACCGCUGCCCUAUUGAAUCUUUCCAAGCAUUCGAAAGGCAAAGUUGUUAUAGUGGAGAGUGAAGGGUUGGAUUUGAUCGUCCAUGUUUUAAGAAAGGGACUUAAGAUUGAAGCUCAACAACACGCGGCUGCUACCUUGUUUUACCUGGCUUCGGUUGAGGAGAACAGGAUUUUGAUUGGUGAAAAUCCCGAGGCUAUUCCAGGGUUAGUGGAGUUGGUUAAGAACGGAAAUGAUCGUAGCAGAAGGAAUGCAUUGGUUGCAAUUUUUGGAAUUCUAAUGCAUCCCGGGAAUCACUGGAAGGUUCUUGCCGCUGGAGUUGUUCCUUUGUUGCUGAAUCUUUUGAAAGAUUCGGAAAGGGAGGAUCUUGUAACGGAUUCUCUAGCAGUUUUAGCUACUCUAGCAGAGAAAGUUGAUGGAACGGUUGCAAUUUUACGUCGCGGAGCCUUGCAAUUGUUAGUGGAGAUUUUAAAUACAUCCAUUUCAAGGACAGGGAAGGAGUACUGCGUUUCCUUGUUGUUGGCUCUCUGUGUAAAUGGCGGUCUAGAUGUGGUUGCUUGUUUGGUAAAGUGUCCUUCUCUUAUGGGAUCAUUGUAUUCACAAAUUAGUGAAGGUACAUCUCGAGCUAGCAAAAAGGCCAGUGCAAUCAUCAGGAUUCUGCAUGUUGAGUUUUAUGAAAAGGGCUCCUCAGCUUCGGUGACUCCAGUUCUUCGUCUUCCACGAGAAAGAUUCGUCCACGUAUGGUAAUUGGAACCCAAUUUUUUUUCGGGUAUCAAUUUAUUGGUUUUUUUGUUAGUUCAUUCCUGCAAUAUUUCCAUGUAAAUACACGCAAGUGUAUAUAUUGCUUGCUAUCUUUAUUAGCUCGAUCUCUUGAAGAGCUAAUCCGCUCAGCUUCUGCCUUUUUUCAUGAAGCUGCGUGUAAACAAAAUUGUUGCGUUGUAAUUGUAUUUACAGAUUGUUGAUAUAAAACUCAUUUCUAAUAUCAAUGAAAAUAAUCCUGCUUGCACCGAGUCGGCGAGAAAAUGUACGUGUAAAGUCCAGAACCCCUUGUCGCUCGAUAAAAAAACCUCAUUCCUCAUAAGUUGUAGUAUCAUGUAUAAACAUCUUCAGUUGUGUUGUACUUUUCCCAUGUUAGUAAUAAGAUUGCGGUAACAGUUCAGCUAAAAUAAGUUCUAUAAAUAUGACGAUUUAUGUCUAUUGUAAUUCCCUUUUAGAACUUUAGUACAUGAUUGAUCCACGGGAUGCAACUGGCUUUGCUUGUGUUGAGAAAUUAAGUGCUUUUUGCAGUCUCAACGCCACUUGCUCCAUAGAUGGCCUUUCCUGCUUUAGCCCUGUGCAUGACAAAGCUAGCUUGAGUACAAGGUCAAAAGCUUCUAACGAGUAUUCCCCAUUAAGUUUCGGGUCUGCAAAUUUGGCUGUGUCACCCCCUCUAGUAGAUUUUUUGCCUGAGAAGUAACAGAAAAAUGCAUUAGGGAUCUUAGUGAUCAAAAGGAUGGACAUCUAUUAUAAGCUUUAUGGAAGUUGUUGGUUACCAUUUUACUUGGAGGCAAUGGUCUGUGCAGAUUCAGAUUAAGCACCCUCUCCCCUGACAAAAGUUGUAGAAGUACCAUACCAAAACUGUAAACAUGACCAGAGUCAUUCACUCGGUGGUUUCUACGGUACUCAGGGUCAACAUAACCAAAUGUUCCUCUGAAUUCUGAGUUCACAUGGGAUUGACCUAUGUCCGUAACUUUAGACAAUCCGAAAUCUGCGAGUUUUGCUUGAAACUUGUCAUUAAUAAGGAUAUUUGUUGGCUGCCAAAACACCAUCAUAUGCAAAAUCAGAGAAGACAAAUGAUUGAAAGCAGUAAGGAAAUAGUGGAUUCCUUGGUCUUGAACGUACCUUGAUAUCGCGAUGAACAAUGCAGCUUCUUGAUAAGUGUGGAGAAACCAGAGGCCCCUUGCUCUGUCAAUUGCAAUCUUGAGUCUUUGGAUCCAUGAAAGAACUUUAUCCUUUCCUGCUCAAAACCUUUGUGUGAGUGGUUUUUCAUGUAAAAAAAGAAGUAAAUGAUAUUAAUUUCACAUACCAUAAAGCCACUCAGAGAGGUUCCCAUGGUGGCACUGUUCAUAGACUAGGAAGCAUUCAUCUUCAUUCUCACAAUAGCCAAGCAAAGCUACAAGGUUUGGAUGCGUGAUAUGAGAUAGGCUUCUUACUUCCCUGACAAAAGUUUCUAUCUGUCCAUCAUUGACUAUGUGCUUAACCGCAACACGUAGACCAUUUGAGAGAGUACCCUCGUACACUUUUCCUGGUCGUAACAGAAUGAAAUCAGGAACCGUGAUUUGCAUACCAUAAACCAGUGUUAUAGGUCCAAGACACAAUGGUUUCCCAAUGUUAAUCAGCAACUACUCUGUUCUACAUUCACUGACUAUGACUCAAGUCCUCAGGAUUUCCUACAACUUAAGUAAAAGACUUGAACUACAAGAUGCCAUUACAGAUUAUCAAUCCUUCUGUAUCUUGUGGUUGGCACUUCAACCAGAAGAUAUUCUGUAGCACUUGCCUUUAUGUUUUCUUGCAGUAUGGCAAUUUGAAUAUUUAUUACAACAUACAUAUUCAAGCCUGUGGUGUGCGUACAAUAAGUAUACGUAGUGCAUGCCAUGCAUCAGUGCUUGUCCUUUGAAAACAUUGUUCAGAUUUUAAGUAGGUGCUGCAUCUGCCGCAGCCAUUAUCUCCU